GUGAAACUAACUUGAUGAACAAUCAUAUGGACCCUUAAACGGUCAACGUCUUUAAACAUCAGAAUAUUUACUGAGCCAUUCAAAGACCCUUUGGACACAUCUGAUACCCGAUAUGGCGUCCUCCGGUGCUCUACUGGCUGAGGAGCUUCAUUGCUCUAUAUGUCUGGAUGUGUUCACUGAUCCAGUCAGCACUCCAUGUGGACACAACUUCUGUAAGAGCUGCCUGAGCCAGUGCUGGGACAGCAGCCAGACCUGCAAGUGUCCAUACUGUAAAGAAGCGUUCAAUCAGCGACCUGAUCUCAAGAUUAAUAUCACACUACGAAUGGUUGUCGAUUAUUUUAAAAUGAAAGAGCUGAGUAGGAGGGAGCGGUAUGCAGUGGAUGUGACUCUGGAUCCUGAUACAGCUAAUCCUGAACUCAUCCUGUCUGAUGAUAGAAAACAAGUGAGGCAUGGAGACAUUAGGCAGAAACUCCCAGACAAUCCAAAGAGAUUUGAUUACUAUGUAAGUGUCCUGGGAAAGGAGGGGUUCUCCUCAGGGAGAUUUUAUUUUGAGGUGCAGGUGAAGGGAAAGACUGCAUGGGCUUUAGGAGUGGCCAGAGAAUCUACUAACAGGAAGGGAAACAUCAUACUGAAUCCCAGGAAUGGAUUCUGGACUGUGUGGCUGUUUCAUUGGAAUGAAUAUGCAGCUUUCUCUGGUCCCCCUGUCUCUCUUUCUCUGAGAGUGAAACCGCAGCGGGUCGGUGUGUUUGUGGAUUAUGAGGAGGGUCUGGUCUCCUUCAAUGAUGCAGAGUCCAGAUCUCAUAUCUACUCUUUCACUGGUCAGUCUUUCACUGGGAAACUCUAUCCAUAUUUUAGCCCAUCCUUUGGAUAUAAUGGUACAAACUUAACUCCACUGAUCAUCACACCUGUCAGUUGCAAUAAAUGAAUUUACACUAUUAAUAUGAAAUACAAGAUGAAAAUAAUGCUUUUUGUAACAACAUCUGGAAAUAUUAAUUCGAGAAGUGGACAAAUUGGUCUGUAUGAAAAGAGAACUCUUUUUUUUCUGAAAUAACUCAAAACUGACAAAAGUAAUUGACGUGCAUGAUUAUGUAUUCCAUAUUUAAUACAAAUACGACUUUGUUUUAUUAUUUGAAAUAUUCUGUUGAAUCAAAAAUCAAAGCAAAGUAAAAUGGCAUGGACAAAAAUGAUGGGGCCUUUCACCCAAUAUUUUGUUGCACAACCAUUAAAGGCAAAUACUGGAAUGAAGUGAUUUCUGUAUCUCACAGUGUACAGGUAUUUUUUGCUGCUCUUCAUGAUCAAAUUGCUCCAGCUGUAUCAGGAUUGAAGGGUGUCUUCUCCAGACUGCAGGUUUCAGCUCUUUCCAUGUAGAUGUUCAAUAGGAUUCAGAUCAAGGCUUUUAGAAGGCCAUUCACAAUAGUCCAGUGUUUUGUUCUUAGUAAUUCUUGGGUGCUUUUAGCUUUGUGCUUUGGGUCAUUAUCUUGUUGAAGGACCCAUGACCUGUGACUGAGACAGAGCUUUCUGACAAUGAAAUCUCAAUGCCUUGAUGGUCUUGAGAUUUCAUUGUUUGCUGCACAAACACUUUUUUUUCGUCUGUAAACAUAGACUUGAUGUGACUUCCCAAAAAGCUCCAGUUUUGUCACAUCCAUCCAAAGGACAUUCUCCCAGAAGCAUUGUGACUCGUCAAUAUGCAUUUUAGCAAAUUCCAGUCUGGCUUCUUUCAUUUUUCUCA